AGGAGGCGGAUAAGAGGUGGGGGAGGGGGUCUCCUCUUUAUGUAUAAAUAUCGUGCUGGGCGUGUUUUCGUCACUGUUGAGUCCAGUCGAGAUGAAGCUCGUGGUUCUCUGUGCUCUGGUGGCGGCAGCCGCCGCAUGGCCCAACUUCGGAAUGAUGGCAGACUCCCCUGGAGGAGCUUCUGACGCCCAGAAGCAGCACGAUGUCAACAGCAUCCUGUGGAAAGUUUACGAGGAGAUCCGCGAUCCCCAUCUGAAGGAGCUUUCCCAGACCUUCGAUCCUCUUUCCGGUCACUAUGAUGACGAUGGUGUCUCCGCCAGGCGACUCAUGCAGGAGCUCAACGACGAGCGCCUACUGGAGCAGAAGCACUGGUUCUCGCUCUUCAACACCCGCCAGCGGCAGGAGGCUCUCAUGCUCUACGACGUGCUCGAACACUCCACAGACUGGGACACCUUCGCUGGCAACGCCGCCUUCUUCCGCGUUCGCAUGAACGAGGGCGAGUUCGUCUACGCCAUUUACGCUGCCGUCACACACUCUCCUCUGACACAACACGUGGUGCUGCCGCCCCUCUAUGAGGUUACUCCUCACCUCUUCACCAACAGCGAGGUCAUUCAAGAAGCCUACAAGGCCAAGAUGACACAGACUGCCGCCAAGAUCAAGUCCCACUUCACCGGCAGCAAGAGCAACCCAGAGCAGCGUGUGGCCUACUUCGGCGAGGACAUCGGCAUGAACACCCACCACGUCACCUGGCAUUUGGAAUUCCCCUUCUGGUGGGACGAUACCCAUGAGGACCACCACAUUGAGCGCAAGGGCGAGAGCUUCUUCUGGGUCCAUCAUCAGCUCACCGUUCGCUUCGACGCCGAGCGUCUGUCUAACUACUUGGACCCCGUCAACGAACUCCACUGGGACGACAUGAUCUACGAGGGCUUCGCUCCCCACACUAUGUACAAGUACGGUGGCUACUUCCCCUCACGACCAGACAAAGUGCACUUUGAAGACGUCGACGGUGUAGCGCGUGUGCGCGACAUGUUGAUCCUGGAAAGCCGCAUCAGGGAUGCCAUCGCUCACGGCUAUUUUACCGGCAAGGACGGGUCUGUCAUCAGCAUCAGAGACUCUCAUGGCAUCGACGUACUUGGUGACGUGAUUGAGUCCUCCACUUACAGCCCCAACCCCGAGUAUUACGGCUCCCUGCACAACACCGCUCAUGUCAUGCUUGGCCGCCAGGGUGACCCUCACGGCAAGUUUGCCCUCCCUCCCGGUGUCCUGGAGCACUUCGAGACCGCCACGCGCGACCCUGCUUUCUUCCGCCUCCACAAGUACAUGGACAAUAUCUUCAGAGAACACAAAGACAGUCUUCCACCCUACACCAAGGAGGAACUCGAAUUCCCUGGAGUCACCGUUGACAGCGUGUCCUUGAGCAACCGCCUUGAGACUUACUUCGAGGACUUCGAGUAUAGUCUUAUCAACGCCGUCGACGACACCACUGACAUCGAAGACGUACCUAUUAGUACUAUUGUUUCUCGUCUGGCACACAAAGAUUUCACCGCUACAGGUGUCAUCACCAACAGUAACCCCACUGAGGUGAUGGCCACUGUGCGUAUCUUCGCCUGGCCAAAAUAUGACAACAACCACGUUGAGUUCUCUUUCAACGACGGACGCUGGAACGCCAUUGAAUUUGACAAGUUCUGGGUUAAGUUGGCUCCUGGACAGAACUCCAUCACACGCUCCAGUAAGGACUCUUCAGUCACAGUUCCUGAUGUGCCCAGCUUCCAGACUCUCAUCGACAAGGCUAAUGAAGCCCUGAGCUCCGGCUCAGAUCUCAACCUCGAUGAGUACGUUAGCGGCCUUGGACUACCCAACAGAUUCCUCCUUUCUAAGGGCAAGUCUGAGGGUAUGACCUUCCAUUUGGUGGUGUUUGUCUCCGAUGGCUCUAAGGACAUGGCUGUUGAGGGACUGCAUGAGUCCACUUCCUUCAACCACUACGGUUGCCACGAUGGCACAUACCCUGACAAGCGCUCUCAUGGCUAUCCGCUGGACCGCCGCGUUGACGAUGAACGCAUUAUAACUAGCCUCGGCAACUUCAAGGCCAUGGACGUUGAGGUGUACCAUGUAGAAAAGGAGGAGUAAACGGCGCCUUGUUCAACACACACACACACACACACACACACACACACACACACACACACACACACACACACAUGUGCGCGCGCACAUUGUCUUCAUUGGACCUGCGCAAGAAAAUAAUAAUAAAAUAUAUAUAUAUAUAUA